CUCCCUCCUAUGGGAGAGCACAGCUCUCCCACUAAGGCAAGAGGCAGAGGCCAGUGAAAGCAUCUGCUCUCAGACUCCUUUGGCCCUCUCUGCUGGCUCAACUACCUAUGCCUUUGUCCCCUGUUUCUCUAGGUGAGAGUGAGCACCUGUGGGGCCAGCUCCAUCCCUCCUUCUCCAUGGAUGUGAUAGAAAAUCCUGAGGGGCAGGAGCUGCAAAAACUGGGAAGUGGAGCCUGGGACAACCCUUCCUACAGUGGCCCCCCUUCUCCACAAGAGACACUGAGGAUUUACACAAUCUCUAGUGCGGCACCCCCUCAGCCCCAGCCCAGGAAGCCUGAAGAUGGACCCCAGGAGAAGACACACAGGACCCUGGUAUCCAGCUGCUGCCUCCAUUUCUGUCGCAGUAUCAGAGGACUUUGGGGAACAACCUUGACUGAGAACACAGCUGAGAACAGAGAACUUUAUGUCAAGACUACCCUCCGAGAGCUUCUGGUAUACAUCGUGUUUCUAGUGGACAUCUGUCUGUUGACCUACGGAAUGACAAGCUCCAGUGCCUACUACUACACCAAAGUGAUGUCUGACCUCUUCUUACAUACCCCAGCAGUCACUGGAGUCUCCUUUCAGGCCAUCAGCAGCAUGGCAGACUUCUGGGACUUUUCCCAGGGCCCACUUCUGAACAGUUUAUACUGGACCAAGUUUUACAACAAUCAGAGCCUGGGCCAUGGCUCCCACUCUUUCAUCUACUAUGAGAAUCUGCUGCUGGGUGUCCCAAGACUGCGGCAGUUGCGGGUCCGCAAUGACUCCUGUGUGGUGCACGAGGACUUCCGUGAAGAUAUUUUGAGUUGCUACAAUGUCUACUCUCCAGACAAAGAAGAACAACGCCCCUUUGGGCCCCUCAAUGGCACAGCGUGGACAUACCACUCACAGGAUGAACUGGGGGGAUCCUCCCACUGGGGCAGGCUCACAAGCUACAGUGGAGGUGGCUACUACCUGGACUUGCCAGGAUCCCAACAGGCCAGUGCAGAGGCACUCCAAGACCUUCAGAAGGGGCUCUGGCUGGACAGAGGCACUCGUGUGGUCUUCAUUGACUUCUCAGUCUACAAUGCCAACAUCAAUCUUUUCUGUGUCCUGAGACUAGUGGUGGAGUUCCCGGCUACAGGAGGUGCCAUCCCAUCCUGGCAAAUCCGAACAGUGAAGCUGAUCCGCUAUGUCAGCAACUGGGACUUCUUCAUCAUUGGCUGUGAGAUUAUUUUCUGCAUCUUCAUCUUCUACUAUGGGGUGGAGGAGAUCCUGGAGCUCCACCUGCACCGGCUUUACUACCUUACCAGCAUCUGGAACAUAUUGGAUCUGGUGGUCAUCUUGCUCUCCAUUGUGGCGGUGGGCUUCCAUAUAUUCCGAACCCUCGAGGUAAAUCAGUUAAUGGGGAAGCUCUUGGAGAAACCAAACACAUAUGCUGACUUUGAGUUCCUGGCCUUUUGGCAGACUCAGUACAACAACAUGAAUGCUGUCAACCUCUUCUUUGCCUGGAUCAAGAUAUUCAAAUACAUCAGCUUCAACAAAACCAUGACCCAACUCUCUUCCACACUGGCCCGCUGUGCCAAGGAUAUACUGGGCUUUGCCAUCAUGUUCUUCAUUGUUUUCUUCGCUUAUGCCCAGCUUGGCUAUCUGCUUUUCGGGACGCAAGUGGAAAACUUUAGCACUUUCAUCAAGUGCAUUUUUACUCAGUUCCGGAUAAUCCUUGGAGACUUUGACUACAAUGCUAUCGACAAUGCCAACCGCAUUCUGGGUCCUGUCUACUUUGUGACCUACGUCUUCUUCGUCUUCUUCAUACUGCUGAACAUGUUCCUGGCCAUUAUCAAUGACACGUAUUCAGAGGUCAAGGAGGAGUUGGCUGGACAAAAGGAUGAGCUGCAGCUGUCUGACCUACUGAAACAGGGCUACAACAAGACCCUAUUAAGACUGCAUCUAAGGAAGGAGCAUGUUUCAGAUGUGCAGAAGGUCUUGCAGGGUGGGAAGCAAAAGAUCCAGUUUGAGGAUUUCACGAGCACAUUAAAAGAACUGGGGCACACAGAGCAUGAGAUCACUGAGCUCACGGCUGCCUUCAGUAGGUUUGACCGGGAUGAGAAUUGCAUUCUGGAUGAGAAGGAGCAGGAACAAAUGCGACAGGACCUGGAGAAGGAGAGGGUGGCCCUCAAUGCUGAGAUUGAGAACCUGAGCCAGCCCACUGUGUGUGGCAAAUGGGCCUCAGAGGCUGCCAGAACAGGAGGCUGGGUUUCUGGAGAAGAAUUCUACACGCUUACAAAGAGAGUUCUGCAACUGGAGACUGUUCUGGAAGGAGUCAUGUCCCAGAUUGAUGCUUUGGGCUCAGAGCUGAAGAUGCUAGAGAGGGAGGAGCAAUUGACUCCCUCCUUGGGAGUGGAGGAACAAGCCACUUGGGAACACCUGCAGCCAGCCCCAGCUGUGGCUCCAUUCCUUUAGGGAGUUCAGGGUAGGCAGAAGAGGAGUCCUAAAGCCUUUGAAAUCAGACUCUGUUUUUCUCUCUGCCUCUCUCACAACCCCUCUCCAUAUGCUCUCUACUUCUGCUACCCUGAGGCCCAUCAUGGUUACUGCUGAGUCCAACCCUGUCUGGCCUUUUGAGCCAAGUUUCUGUGUGUCAGUUGGGCAUCAUGUUUAAGCUUGUGACUCAGUAUUUGUUAUGUAACCACAUAGUUCUGUAGAAUAAUACUUUCCACUGGACUUCUUAUUCUUUGUGAACUUAGUGAAAAAAAGUGUUGUAGUGUUAAAAAUGUGAAUAACAAGCAAAAUACAUGAAGGGAGAAUAAUGACUCUCACUAAGAUCCUGACAGCCAUGACUCAUAAAGAUAGAAGGCAAGAGAGUAGACAAUAUCUAGACGUCUUCCUAUUUACCAGUAAAUCUUACACUUAUCCUUUGUGCAUCUGGAGACCUACUGUUACAACCCAUAGGUUUCUUGUCUUCCCCCAAAGAGUUUCUCUGUAAAAAAGAAUGGGAACUGUUAGGGUCAGAUUCCAACACUACAGAGGAGUUAAAGUGAGGCCCCUCCUCUAGAAAAGUCCAUGAAGGUUCUUGUGGUGGAGGCUGCGCCUGGCAUUCCACUAAAUGCUAAGAACUCAGACAGCUGUAAAUCAAGAGACAAAAAUGGAGGCUGAAAGGAAUCAUGGGAGGAAAUAACCUCAGGAUUCAGACAUUUUUGGACUAAUAUGUGAUGGGCUUUGACUCUAGUUUUUCAUAGGACAAUGCAGUUUCCCAGGUGACUAUCAAUAAAACUCCUUCAAAAAAACAA